AUCUCUUGAAGAAAGACUAAUUUUUGAAUUCCUGUGAUCUUGCGACGCAAAAAUUCUGAAAUGGCAGGGAAGAAGGAUAAAAAGCAGAAGAAAAAGAACAAACCGCUGUCCCAUAUAGGGACAGCUUUGUUCCCUCGGGCCAUUUUUGCAGCUGUUCCUCGCUCUCCUGAGCCUCCCCAGCCAGCCAGGAGCCCAACACCCAACCAGAGUAGACCAGCAUCCGCUUUGUCUUCAGCCAUUAUGGAUGCCACUUUUGUAGGCAGAGCAAUAGCAAGCCCAUCACCGAAUAGUACCUUGCGGGCAACAGGUGACUUCACACCUAGGGAAGGAGGAGCUCUGGAUGCUUCUGAACAACAGCAAAGGAAUCUGGAGAGUAGCAGUAUGGCAAGAAGCAGUAUGUAUGAUUAUGAUGACAGUGAAGAGGAGGAGGACGAUGAGGAGGAAGAUCUGGAUUAUAUGGGGAUCAGUCAGAGGGAACGAGAGAUGGAAUACCAUGAUGAUCCUGGUUAUGCUCGGGUGGAAGAUGUCCAAGAAAUGCUCUCUCAUGAGAAAAGAGGCACUAUAUCAAAUCGAGCUAGGAUGGAGACUCCGCCUAUUUCGGGGGAAGAGGAAUCGCCCAGGUUGACAGACCGCACUGGAACCGAUACAAACCGGUCUUAUCCAGUUCCCUCUCCUCGGGAUCCAUCCACAUUGCCGAGCACCAGUUAUGCUGCUGAUAUCCAUUCUCAAGGUUAUGAUGAAAGUCAGUCACAAGGUCACUCAGAAGGUCGUGAUCAAAGACAUUCACCAGGAGGCCAUUUGCAGGAUGAUGAAUAUGGUGGAGGAAAUUCUGGCAAGAGGAAAAAGAAAAAAGCGAAAGAGAAGGAGAAGAAACAGAAGAAAGGAAAGGAUAAACCCAAUAAACCUGAAGGGUUAUAUGCCCAACCAAUCAAAAAGCAUGAGCCACUGGAGCGACAUGCAUCUAUAUUAUCCAAUGAGAGUGAUUUUACCGGAGUAUCCGCCGAAGACUUCUCAGAUCUCAUCUCGCCGACACCAUCGUGGAAAAGAAAACCACAGUCGCCAGAUCUGGGCAAUGCAGAGGUGAUCUCUAGUAGAAGCACUAAAACAUCUAAAGGACCCAAAUCGAAAAAUACUGUUAAUGAACCUGUGAGUGUUGACAUAAUCUGUGUCUUGUGUACAAAAUGAUAAAUUAUCAGUUUUAACAAGAACACAAACAAUUGUGUGAUAUA